AUGGGCAAUGGACAAAGUGUCUCUAUCCGCGACUGUCUCGAUGCUUGGACGAAGCCGUUCAACCUCGAGUUCCCAGUGAUUCCAGCUGCCGUGAUUCGCCCUCAGAAUGUCAUCGAAGUUUCCGAGACCGUCAAGUGUGCAAAACAAAGUGGUCUCAAAGUGCAGGCAAAGUCUGGAGGCCACUCCUACGGCAACUAUGGCCUUGGCGGUGACAAUGGCGCCGUGUCGAUCGACCUUGUCAACCUCAAGGACUUUGAGAUGGACAACAAAACUUGGCUGGCAUCGUUUGGAGCAGGCACCAACCUUGGCGAGCUAGACAAGAAUCUUCAUACAUUCGGAGGACGAGCCAUUGCCCAUGGUACUUGUCCAAGUGUUGGCACCGGCGGCCACUUGACAGUAGGCGGCCUUGGACCGAUAUCUCGAAUGUGGGGAAGUGCUCUCGAUCACGUUGUCGAGAUGGAGGUCGUGGCAGCCGACGGCACGAUUUACCUUGCCAGUCAAGACGAAACACCCGAUCUUUUCUGGGUAAUGCGCGGCGCUGGAGCAAGUUUCGGUAUCGUGACCAGAUUCGUGGUCAAGACUCGCCCGGAACCCGGCAAUGUUGUUCAAUACAGUUACAGCCUUACUCUCAACUCGCAGAACGAAACGGCCAACUUAUACAAGGAAUGGCAGGCGUUAGUUGGAGAUCCAACUAUGGACCGACGCUUCGCAAGUCUCUUCAUCGUUCAACCUCUGGGAGUCCUCAUUACAGGAACAUUCUUUGGUUCAGAGGCCGAGUACCAGGCGUCGGGAAUCCCUGCUCGUCUUCCUGGUGCCAGCAAGGGUGCAGUGUGGCUUACAAACUGGAUGGGUCAUUUGCUUCAUGAGGCUGAAGCCGCUGGCUGCACGUUGGCCAGCAUUCCAACUGCGUUCUACUCAAAGUCCUUGUCGCUCAAUGAACAAGAUCUUCUGAAUGACACAGCAAUCACGGACUUGUUUCAAUACCUUGAGGAUUCUCGCAGCAAAUCGACACCAUUUACAGUCAUCUUCAAUACCGAAGGCGGCGCCAUGAUGGAUACACCUGUCAAUGCAACAGCAUACCCACACCGGGAAAGUGUCAUCACGUAUCAAUCCUACGGCGUCGGAGUGGGUAAAGUAUCCGCAGCGACUCGGAAGCUCUUGGACGGGAUUCACGAGCGGAUCCAACGGUCGGCUCCGGGUGCACGCUCCACUUAUGCCGGGUACAUCGAUGCAUGGCUUGACCGAAAGGCGGCGCAGAAGCUCUACUGGGCGGACAAUCUCCCUCGGCUUCAGCAGAUAAAGAAGAAGUGGGAUCCGGAGCAGGUUUUCAGAAAUCCGCAGAGCGUUGAGCCGGCUGAAUAG